GAACGAUCCGGCUGAUCCUGCCGGUGGCUCUUGCAGCCUUGCGGCUAGUGUCUGAGAUUGCAAUUUGCCCUUUGCGUGCACGCCGCUCGCGCCCUUGAUGGUCCCGAUCGAGUUGUGCCUCUGAGUCCUGGAGCCUCGAUGCUCCACGACUCGACGCGUCGUCUGAGCGCUCAGGAUUGCAGCCUCGCCAAGAAGCAUCAUGACGCGGAGCUGAGCUUUAUGUCAAGCUGCAGUCAUGCAGAGGCAUCUCACGCCAGCAGGCAACAUCGCGCCAUUGGCGCCAGGCCCGAUGAUGUCGUCCACAACCGCAUCUGACUUUGUCCCGCCGCCGCCGCCGACCGACGUGCUCGAUCCGAAACCUCUGCUGCACUACUAUCCUCCUUCAAACGCAAUAUUCAGCUGUGCCCGAUGCUCGGCCCAUCUGGCCUUGAAAGAUGAGCUCGUCAGCAAGAGUUUCAGCGGUCGCGAUGGACCUGCGUACUUGCUCAGGUCGACCACGAACACCGUGACAGGCAAGAAGGAAGAGAAGAUGCUACUGACCGGUUUGCACUCUAUUGCCGAUCUGAGAUGCAAGGGAUGCAACAUCUCCCUUGGCUGGGUCUAUAUCAAAGCCUAUGAAGCUUCGCAGCGAUACAAGGAAGGAAAGGUGAUUCUCGAAAAGGCAAAGGUCAUCAAGGAGAACGGUUGGACACUGGACACCUGAGUCAGCCUCGGUCUCGCAAAGGUCUGCGACAGCCUUGGACGGCAUGUCCAUCGACGUACGCAAGCGCGCACGCAACGCUCAUAUCGCAGUAGUCUGCAGCGUGCGAAUGGCAAGGAUCGGCGCG